AUGAAGAACUUUAGGGGUGGUAAGAUCGUCGGAAACGGCGGAAGAUGGCAGAGCCUAGGUUUACCUUUUGUCUUCCUCCUCUGCAUUUCUUUCUUCCUUGCCGGUUUCUUCGGUUCUGCUCUUUUCUCUCAGCCGGAUGAAUGGAGUAUGCAGCCUCGGCCUAAGCCAAGGGUAUUGGAAUCGGUGGCCGAAAAGUCAACGGCGCCUGAGGAGGAUCGACGCUUUGAUCCGUUAGCUCAUGGCAAGUCUGGCGAGGGCUUCCUAACUUCCAUUCCUUUUCAGGUUCUAAGCCUGAAUCCACGUGCAUUGUACUUCCCCAAUUUCGCUACUGCAGAACAAUGCCAAAGCAUAAUUAAAAUGGCAAAGGUUGAGCUUCGACCAUCUAGCUUAGCGCUUCGUGAGGGAGAGACUGAAGAAAGUACCAAAGGAAUCAGGACAAGUUCUGGAAUGUUUAUAAGCUCUUAUGAAGAUAAAACCGGGACUUUGGCACGUAUCGAGGAAAAGAUUUCCAAGGCGACGAUGAUCCCUAAAUCUCACGGAGAGCCAUUCAAUGUCUUGCGGUACGAGAUAGGACAAAGAUAUCAAUCCCAUUAUGAUGCUUUCAGUCCUUCUGAAUAUGGUCCUCAGAAGAGCCAAAGGGUUGCUUCAUUUUUGCUGUAUUUAUCAGAUGUUGAAGAAGGAGGAGAAACCAUGUUUCCUUUUGAGGGUGGAGUGAACAUGGAUUCCAAUUAUGAUUACAGCAAAUGUAUUGGGUUGAAAGUAAAACCUCGGCGUGGGGAUGGGCUGUUGUUUUACUCACUUUUUCCAAAUGGUACAAUUGAUCCGACAUCACUUCACGGAAGCUGUCCAGUUAUCAAAGGGCAAAAAUGGGUUGCUACAAAGUGGAUCAGAGAUCAGGAACAGGAAGACUAUUACCCAAAAAGCAAUUAA